AUGUUCCCGUUUUGCUGUUUGGACAGGAAGGACGUCGUGCUAUCGCAGGGUCCCCUGGAUGACUACCAGAGACUGUGCUUCGCUACGGGCACCGAUGCAGUGGUGGUGCAGAGUUCGAAGGAUUACAAAUCCAACAGUGCAAACUUGUUCUUCAACCCGGGCUACAUGCCGCAGGGGUCGCACACGGCCCAGCAACAUAACGUCCUGCACUGUUUCGAGUACCAGCUGCCCACUUUGAAACCAGGCUGUGCGGCGGAGCGGGCCGGUGAUGACACACACGGCUUGCAGAUCACACCGCAGAAUACGUUACUUGCUACAGUGGUCUCGCAGGAUGAUGAGGCGAACAGGCCUACAGUGCAGGACUCAGCGGUGCCCGAGAGGGAGAGUGGCGAGAAGAUCGUGCUCACGGGCGCGGACAACCCGCAACGGAAAUCGAUCUAUAACCUGGACGUCGAGUCUGGGUCCAUCUCUCUCUCAAACAACCAGGAUCUGGCGGAAUUGUCCCCCACGGGCGGGCAUGGACAACACCGCAACUCACAGACUAUCACGAAGAACCAGCAGUUCAAACUCAACAAGCUUGACUACAGACUCGGCGGCAACGAUGCGUUUGUCAACCCAAAUAACGUCGUGCUCUGGACGCACGACUCUGGGUUUGUCUUUUUGACUGGGAUCUGGAGACUGUACCAGGACGUCAUGAGAGGGCUGUCCACCAUUGACAGAGUUGCAGGGGAUUCAGUAGGGGCAAGGGCAAGGUGCCACAACGAGUUCGACUACGUCAUGAAUUACGCCUUUUAUGAACCCAUGGAGCAGUUCUCCCAGAAGAACGCAGUACGCAAGAGGAAGAGUAGCUUGACCGGGGGCGAAACCAGUGCGAUCCCGAUCGCGAGAAGUAACAGUAACAGCGGCAACGGGGAUGAUAACACAACGUACACCGAUCUGCACUGGAACGGUCUUUCAGGGGAACUGAAAGUAUCCCUGAUGGAACACUUCAAACGGUAUCUGGCGGUAAAAUACGGCUUUACAGGCGAACAGAUGGCCGAUAUCAACAUUUCUUCAGUGAUUCAAAGAAUCCGGGGCGGGUACAUCAAGAUCCAGGGGACGUGGCUGCCCGCUGAAAUCGCCAGACAGAUCUGCGCUCGGUUUUGCUUCCCGAUCCGGUACCUGCUGGUCCCUGUCUUCGGCGCUCAAUUCCCACAGGAGUGCGAACACUGGCAAAGAAUCAUCGAAAGGAAUACAGAUAUCAUGAUAGAGGUCCAAUCAAGACAACUGAACAAAACAGGUGUGGAGGCGGCCCCCCCGACGGCCCCCUCCGCGGUGAAGAGGAAACGCAAAUCGCAGACUACAAAACAAACACCACCACGGAAAAGAGGCAGAAGUCUGCCAGAUUAUGACACAAUUGCCAAACACCAGCUGUCGAAAAACAUACACCUCCCAUUACCAACUGGCGGGUCCGUUGAGGAUAACAAGCUGCCGCCCAUUGGACUACUGCUUAGCCAGCUGAGCAAAGAAAACCCGUCAUUUCAACCAACAUCAAGCUAUACAACACAUACCCACUACCAGCAUCUACCAAACACAGCGCCAGUGGUCAUGUACCCAACCCAAAGAAUUGUAGACCCUAACCCGACGGUCAGAACGCUGUCAAACUUGACAACUUUCUACAAUACUCACGGACAUCGCUAUAGUUAUCCAAACGUAAAUUCAAACGCUCCCGCAUUCAGUGCACAGGGUGCCACACCAAGGAUCCAAAAUCACCCUCAGUUCCCACAACAACGGGGGAACCACGGCGUCACCUUCAAUCAGAAUUUUUCCAUGAUUCAACAAACGCCAAGAGUGUACAAAAUGAUGUACCCAGAACUCAACGAUGGUCCCAGGGAGGAGCAACCCAGAUCACCUCGUAGUACAGCAGAGGACGAGACACCAAGGGUCCAAUACAACUGA